UGAUCGUCCCCGCCUUGCAUGCACCUGGCGCCAUGCGCCAAAUGCCCCGCCCAAACGCCGUCACCGGCUCCGGCUUUUGCCGGCGCGGCGCUGGCGAGCUGGAGCGCCCGGCCCGGCCUUCAACCUGCAACCAGGGCGCCGCGGGCGCCGCGGCGCGCGCUGAUCGGCCCCGAGCUGCGGCGGCUGAGAAGCGCGGAGGAGGUUCUGCGCCACUUCCGCAAUGGCGGCGAGGCGCUGCCUUGCCUCUUGCGCCUAGGGGCGCUCGCCAAAGGGGGCGCUCACGUGCAGGCUGCUUCGGUGGCACAUGUGGCCGCCUGCUUGGAGCCAGAGGCCUUGGCAUUCAAAGAGCUCUGCGCUGUCUUGGUCGCCCUGGCACAGCUGCGUCAAGAGGCCCAGCUGCGGCGAUUCCUCGCGCAGCUGCAGCGCAGGAGGCUCUCCGGCGCCCAGCCACGGGAGCUUGCCAAUGCGGCCUGGGCGUGUGCCAAGGGGAAUCCAAGCAGCGGUGCGCCGUGCUUGCAGCACAUUGCCUCGGCAUCUCUGCAAUCAGGAAGGCUGUGCACUGGCUUCACGGCAAUCGAUGUCGCACAGCUGAGCUGGUCAUUGGCUACCGUGCAGUUGCGGGAGGCGCCGGCCAUGGCGGCGUGCGCCGCCUUUGCGGCCGCGGAGAGCGAGAGCUUUGGGGCGCAGGGACUGGCCAAUUGCGCCUGGGCCAUGGCAGGAUCCUGGCCGGCAGCGGUGGCAGCCCUGCUUGAUGAGGCUUCAGCACGCUUGGGAGGCGGCCAGUUCACCUCGCAGCAUGUGGCGAACCUUGCCUGGGCAGCGGCGGUCACGAAGCUGCGCCAUGAGUUCUUCGCGAGCCCCGACCUGAAGCUCCCGGGAAGUCCGCGGCAUCUGGCGAAUUUGGGCUGGGCCCUGGGCACAUUGCAGCUGCGGAGCCCGCUCUUGUACCAGCUCAGCGAGCAAGCGGUGGGCAUGGGACUGCACUCUUUUCGCGACGAGGAGCUGGCAGGCCUUCUGCAUGCUGUCGCCUCGUCGGGCCUCGCGGCGCCGCGGUUCCUGCGCUCCGCAGAGGAGGCGCUUCUGCAGCGCUCGCUGGGCUGUACAGAGCUGGCGGGUGCCUGCUGGGCCUUGAGCGUCUGCUCCAGCCGGGCUGCCGAUCCCUUGUUGGCCCUUGCAGCGACCAGGGCAAAAGAGCUUUCGCCCCAAGGCCUGGCCAAUGUCGCCUGGGCCGCAGCUCUGCGGGAGGCCCCGCUGUGGAGACUGGAAGAUUCAGUUCGGGACCGCUUGGAGGAGUUUUCGGUCCAGGGGUUGGUGAACCUCACCUGGGCCUUUACACAGGCGCAACAUCAGCCACCAGGCCUGCGGCUUCAGCUGAUGCAGAUGUCUCUGGGACGCUUGUCCGAGAUGAAGGCCUUGGAGCUGUCAAGCCUCACCUGGUGCCUUGCCUUUGGUGAUUCGAACAACGCCACGGAGAAGGUGGCGGCAGAGGUGGCCUCACGUUUGCCGCAGGAUGUGUUUGACGCCCGGCAGCUGGCGAAUGUGGCCUGGGCCUUUGCCACAUUGUCGACAGGAGGCGUGGGCCUGUUCCAGCAGCUGGCCUGUGCUGUCUUGGAGAGGUUGCCAGAGUCUUCUGCCCAAGGCCUCAGCAACAUCGCCUGGGCCUUCGGCAGCCGAAGCUUCCUAGGCGGACCUCUGCUGUUUGCGCUGCAGGCCCAAGCGCCGGAGAAGCUGCCGUUGGCCACGGAGCAGGGCCUCGCCCUGCUGGCCUGGGCUUUGGCCCCCGAGAAGCCGCAGGUGGCUCCGCUGCGCUUUCUUGAGGCGCUACAGCUUGAGAUCCAGGCACGCAUGAGAGCCAGCGUCGAGCAUGCGAAGACGAAGCGCCGGCCAGAAAUCAGCGGCUAUGCAGCAGCAGAAGAGGUCGAGCAGAGCUUGGAGCAGGUGGGCCACUGCCGCGCCGAAGGGAACGCCCAGCUGGGCGCGGGGGAGGCCCUGGCCGCGCUGGAGUCCUACAGCAACGGCAUCGAGCUCUGUGCAAAGCACAGCAUCACCGGGAAGCUGCUGGGCCAGCUCUAUGUGAAUCGUGCCCAGGCACAAGCGCGGCUCGAGAGACACGACUUGGCCUUGCAGGACUGUCGAGCCGGGCUUCAGGAGGACCCCGGCAACGGCCGGGGCUACUGGCGCGGCGCCAGCAGCGCGCUGAAGCUGCGGCAGGGCGACGAGGCGGCCAGGCUCUGCAUGCGAGGCAUCAAGGUCCUGGGGGACAGCGCGUCCCUGGAGAGCUUGCUGGAGGAAGCCAAAGCCCAGAUAGAGAAGGACAAGACAGCUAUCGUCGAGGAAGAGGAGGAGACGGAGGUCAGCGUGGGCCAGGCGUUGGCCGACAGAGCCGCUUCACUGCUGCUGGCAUUCCGCCAAGAUCCUAGCCGUGCAGACGACCUCAGGCGUGCAGUGAAGCUGUUCGAGGCCAGCUUGCAAGAGGAGCCCACCAACGAGAGUGCCCUCAUUGGUCUGGGGGAGAUUCUCGACGAAGGCCUGGGUGAUGUACCGCAAGACCAAGAUGCUGCAAAGCGACUCUGGUUGCAGGCGGUCACUGCCGGAAGCCAGCGUGCGCAGAUGAAGCUGUGCCUGCAGGGUCUGCAACUCUUCGCGGUGGCCGCGCGGAAAGCAGCGGGCACAGGAGGCUGA